AUGGACGCAGACUUCUUAGAAAAGAUCCAAAAACUGCAGCUUACUACAGAAGAAGACGAAACUAUAACCAUACGUCCAGUGAGGAGAAAAGAGAUCCUGGAUGAAUACUCUCUAAGUUUAGUCGGGAAGUUUCUAACCAAAAAACCGAUUAACUUAAGAGCAGCAAAGAACCUACUACGAUCUAUGUGGAAGAUGGGGGACGACCUGAAGAUUGUCGAGGUAGGCGAUGGUUUAUUACAAUUUAAAUUUACGCUGGAAAGCCAACUACUAUGGGUGCGGAACAAUGGUCCAUGGUGUUUUGAUAACCAUAUGCUGGCUGUAAAGAGAUGGGAGAAAGGCAUGACGAGUAGAUCAGUCACAUUCACGCACCUCCCCUUUUGGGUCCAAGUGUGGGGCCUCCCCUUUGAUCUAAUGACUGAAGAAGCAGGUCACGAUAUUGGGAGGGGACUCGGAAAAGUUAUUGAAGUAGAUAGUAAGGCCUUCAAAGCUGACCAAGCCCGUUUCUUGAGAAUACGAGCUGAAAUACCAUUAGACAAACCACUACGACGGGGUGGUCCAGUGGUUAGCCCGGAGGGAGAUGAAGUACGUGUGGCAUUUCGAUACGAGCGCUUGGUUGGGUGGUGCUUCGCAUGUGGCAGAAUUGGACAUGAUCAGAAAGAAUGUAGCAUGGUCGGAGGGGAAGACACAGGAAACCGAACUUAUGGGGAAUGGAUGAAAGCCGGUACUCGCAUCCGUGCCGAUGAGCAGAGGAACAACCAAUACAGUCCACGGCAUCGCCGGACUGAACCAGCCACCCAAACUGACCAUAACCAGAACAGAGCUAGCCCUACCACGCCCAUUAAUGCAGAAACGGACAAGCCGAAAAACAAGGAAACCGAUACGAUGAGCCCCACCCACACGUUACGCACGUUAACGCAAUCAAUACCCCAGCAAUUACUCCAUGAUACGGUACAGGUGGAUGCGAAUAUUUCAGGAAAUAUGGUUAAUGCACAUUCACGCUCGACCAAUAUGGAAACUGAAAACGGUGAUCAUGCCCUUUAUUACGUGCCAAUCAGUUACGGGGAAUCAAAUGCAAGUCACACGCCGUCUACCAAGGAGUCACGUGCAACUGUUAAUGAACCAAAAACAACACGCACAGCUACUUGGAAGAGGAUACCAAAACAGGGGCUGCCCAAAAACAAAACAGAGGAGGAAGACCGUGUACCAGUGGGGAAGAAGAGACAAUCUGAAACCAGUGAGCUUGAUGAUGGACAGGAUAUCACAACCAGCAACAAACGGCUUAAGGGUGUGGCCGGAUCAACACAACCUACAUCUCCAACGGUGGUGGCUGCGUCACAGCCCCGCCGAUCGCAAUGA